AUGGCCAUAAUUCUCCGUUCAGAUCCGCUCUCUCGGAUCCAUCCACAGCCCCAAACCCUAGAAAUCGACCACUUCGAUCACCUCCCCGAUUCCAUCCUCCUCCUUGUUUUCAACAAGAUCGGCGAUGUUAAGGCCCUUGGUCGAUGCUGCGUUGUUUCCAAGAGGUUCCAUUCACUAGUUCCCCAGGUCGAAAAUGUCGUCGUUCGCGUUGAUUGCGUUAUCUCCGACGACGAAUCUUCCUCUCUCUCUUCUGAUAAGCCUCGAUCCGUCGCCGCCGGUCCUUUCUCCGCCAUCUUCCGCCUCGUUUUCGGGGGCAUUUUCAAGCCGUUACAAGCCUUGGGUCAGUUCCUCGGCACGAAGCGUUCUUCUGGGUCUUCUACAUCAUCUUCGUCCUCUUCCUUGUCUAUUAGUGGAGGAGAAGACGGAGAGAUCGAACAAGGCGGCGUAACUCACCAUUCCCCAACCCAGGUUCUGAAAAACUUCGAAGAGAUUCGGUUCCUCCGCAUCGAGCUCCCCAGCGGCGAAUUGGGGAUCGACGACGGAGUUUUACUGAAGUGGAGAGCGGAAUUCGGAUCCACCCUCGAGAAUUGCGUGAUUCUCGGAGCUUCCUCCGUGAUCCAGGCGAACCCUGCGAGGAAUUCGAAUUCGCAGCCUCAGGAUACUCCCGUUGACCUCACCACCAGCAACAACGCCGUGGUGGAAGACAACGGGAGCAUACCGGAAUCGUUCUACACAAACGGAGGGCUUAAGCUUCGUGUUGUAUGGACGAUUAGCUCCUUGAUCGCUGCAUCCGCGAGACACUACUUGCUUCAGCCGAUCAUCGCAGAGCACAAGACCCUUGACAGUUUAGUGCUCACGGAUACAGAUGGUCAGGGAGUGCUUUGUAUGAACAGAGACCAGCUAGAAGAAUUGAGGGUGAAGCCAUUGUCAGCUUCUUCGGCUUCCAAGAGGACCCUUGUACCGGCUCUGAACAUGAGGCUAUGGUAUGCUCCUACCUUGGAGUUGCCAGACGGAACAGUGUUGAAAGGAGCGACAUUGGUGGCUAUAAGACCCAGCGAGUCGAAGAAAGAGGUGUGUGAUGUCUCGUGGGUGUCUUCUGCGUUCGAUGAGCCUUACGGGAUAGCUGCAAAGAUGCUGGUCAAGAGAAGGACCUACUGUCUUGAAAUGAAUUCGUUCUAA